AUGAGAGAAUAUCAAACGCGAGGAAGGUUCCCUCGACAGCGUGGAAGCGGAAGCGGAAGCAGAAACCCUCUCCGCGCGUCCCCCGCGUUGGCGCGCGCAGCCGCGGUCAUGGGGCGGCUGGCGGAAGCCCCGCCGGCCAACGGCGCAGCAAAUGGCACUGCGAAUAGGACAAAACGGGGGGGAUCGGUGAACGGGCGGCUGUCGUCGGGAUACGAUUUGAUGAUGGAAGAUCUGGUGGACGGCCAGGUUUGUCAUAUUCUGGACCGGCCGUCCAAGAAGCAGGUGUGCCUGUUCUACUGUAGCGAGAUGGCGGAUCUCGCGGCGAGUAUCGCGGAGGACGUCGAUAAUAUCGAGCUGAAGCCGAUCGAAUGGGGCAAGUUCGAGGACGGCUUUCCGAACCUCUUUGUGCCGAACGCGCAUGGAAUCAGGGGCCGCCACGUGGCGUUCCUGGCGUCGUUCAGCUCGCCAGCUGUCAUCUUCGAGCAGCUGUCCAUCAUCUACGCCAUCCCGCGCAUGUUUGUGGAGUCCUUCACUCUGGUUCUGCCGUUCUUCCCCACCGGCACAAGCGAGAGAAUGGAGGACGAAGGGGACGUGGCGACAGCAUUUACUCUCUCCCGCAUCCUCUCCAACAUCCCCAUCUCGCGAGGGGGCCCCACCAGCCUUGUCAUCUUCGACAUUCACGCGCUGCAGGUACUCUCAAGCACUGGAGGAAGGGUUUUUGAUACAUGCACUGGGCUGGGUGGGUGGGCACUGGGCAUGGGUGGGUGGGCACUGGGCAUGGGUGGGUGGGCACUGGGCAUGGGUGGGUGGGCGCUGGGAUGGGUGGGCACUGGGCAUGGCUGGGUGGGCGCUGGGAUGGGUGGGCACUGGGCAUGGCUGGGUGGGCGCUGGGAUGGGUGGGCACUGGGCAUGGGUGGGUGGGCGCUGGGAUGGGUGGGCACUGGGCAUGGCUGGGUGGGCGCUGGGAUGGGUGGGCACUGGGCAUGGGUGGGUGGGCGCUGGGAUGGGUGGGCACUGGGCAUGGCUGGGUGGGCGCUGGGAUGGGUGGGCACUGGGCAUGGCUGGGUGGGCGCUGGGAUGGGUGGGCACUGGGCAUGGGUGGGUGGGCGCUGGGAUGGGUGGGCACUGGGCAUGGCUGGGUGGGCGCUGGGAUGGGUGGGCACUGGGCAUGGGUGGGUGGGCGCUGGGAUGGGUGGGCACUGGGCAUGGCUGGGUGGGCGCUGGGAUGGGUGGGCACUGGGCAUGGGUGGGUGGGCGCUGGGAUGGGUGGGCACUGGGCAUGGCUGGGUGGGCGCUGGGAUGGGUGGGCACUGGGCAUGGCUGGGUGGGCGCUGGGAUGGGUGGGCACUGGGCAUGGGGUCCUUUCUUUCCCUGUCGACAGACAACGUGCUGCCGUGCUUUGAAAGCGGCAUUCCCGUUCCGUACACCCACUCCCCGGCUCCCUUCUUCCAACCUACCUUACCCUUCAUUCCUCCCCCACACCUCUCCACAUCAGGAGCGGUUUUACUUUGGAGACAACGUGCUGCCGUGCUUUGA